CCCUUCAUCUCAUCCCACCCCUCCAACACAAGAGCUCUUACAUAUAUAUCAGUACGAUCUAAGAGGAACAAGAAAUAAUCAAAGAAGCGCAAACAGAACAGCAAGUGAAGCAGUGCCUCCAAGGCAAGUCAACCACUCGGAGAUGCCUGAAUUCGUGCUCCCUCAGAAUACGUCAAGCAAUUUGAAAGAAGCCCACUGCAACUGUAGCUCUACUGGAACUGAAGAGACAGAGAAAAAGAAAGCAAAGAAUUUAACUAAGGACUUGAAGAGUCGGCUGUUUUCUGUAUUACUGAACUCCAAUUCUGAACAUCCUUCCAUAAACUUUCUACCCAGGAUGUCAGCGAAAUUGAAUCUGUCCAUUGGACUGACUUAUGAAGAAGCUAUGCAAUGGUCCAAGUCUUUGGACGUACUCCUGGCUGAUCCAUGUGGCCUUGCUGCAUUCAGGGAUUUCCUUAAGUCAGAGUUCAGUGAGGAAAACAUUGACUUCUGGUUGGUCUGCGAGGAUUACAAAAAAACCAAGUCUUCUUCAAAACUGGGCGCCAAGGCUCAACAUAUUUACUCAGAAUUCAUACGGAGUGAUGCCCCAAAGCAAGUCAACAUUGAUGGUAAUACACGAGAUUUGGUCAGCAAAAGCAUUCUACUGCCGACCCUUGCUUGUUUUGAGGCAGCCCAGAGAAUUAUCUUCAGCCUGAUGGAGAAAGACUCUUAUCCCAGAUUCCUAAAGUCCGAUGCCUACUUAAACUUGAUAAACAAGGCACAGGGCAACAAGAGCCACAGCUAAAUGAAGACUUCUGACCCAAUAACAAAGAAAAGUAUGAAAGUCCAAUUCUGUAUUGCUCAUUCCUGAGUGCACCACAGUACUUCAUAGAGCUAGAGAGUUGGAUCUGCUGGGAAAUAUGAAUUAAAUCUGAAACUCGAUAUCAAGUGAACAAUGACUCCGUAUAUAACACAGCUAUGACAAUUCAGAUGAAGCGCUAGGACAGUCUUCAAGGACAAAUGCUGUGCUUCCCAGUGCUCUGGCAUAUGUGUGUAAUUGCAAACCUUCUCACCAUUAUCAAGACCAUUGUUUUUCCUUCACACAAGAAUUACACAGUGAACAUGUAACAAAUUUGUUUUAGUAAAGGGGCUGAAUAUUUUUGUACAGAGGAGCAUGAACUGAGCUUUCCUGUUCGUGCUCACUGGAUCUUAAACUGAAAAAAUGCAUUUCCUUUGAUAGUUGCAACAUAAGCUAUGUGGCACAAUUUUACCGGAUGUUAGUGUAAGCCUCCCAGUACUGAAUAUCCUGAUGCACAAUCCUCCUUAUCUAAUGUAACAUAACAUUCUGAUGCAGAAAGAAGUUACUUGGGCGAAAAGAUUAUUUAUUUAUUAUUUUAUUUUUUUCUAAUAUUAAAUGAAAUGUUCUGAGAGUAGCAUUAUUGCAAUGUCAUGAGAAAGCCUGUAGAUUGUAGAUUGUGCUAAACCUGUUGUUGCAGUUAAAGACAAUAUAUGACCUGAGUUCAUUAAAGCACUUUGGCAUUUUGGGUAGUCUGCAACUUUUCACCAGCAACAUGUUGUCUUGUGAAGGUUAUUGCUAUAUGAUACAGUGAUGGUGACUGCUACAAUUCCUGAACCAUGACCACGGUCUCCAGAAAACAACUCAUCCAUUGGUGCCUCUUCUGAUUUCUGGGAUUGAAAGUCGUUACAAUUUCUUGAAUAAAGCUAGAUUAUAGCCUCUGCAAGCUUUCAGAGCAUAAAAUAACUUACCUCAAGCUUCAUUUGUGAAACACCUAAAGUAUAUAUCUUGGAUAGCAUCUUCUACACAAUAAGACAGAUGUCAAAGCAAUGUAAUCAGACCAAAAUUAACACACAGGCACAGAAGGAUGAGUGAUCAAAUGUUUUGUGAAAAAAAAUUACACCUACUAUGUCUGCUUUGGUGCUUUUGAUGAACUUAUUUCUGGAAAUUCCAAUGGUCAUAUGAUCAACAACAUAAUGAUCAGUGAAUUGUAGGAAAUGGUUUGAAAUCUGAGUAUUCCUGAUAAAAUAGUAUCCUUUGCUGACAAGGAAAUUAUAAUCAUCACUGUUCCUGCAACAUUACCAAAAGAUAUUUUCAAUGGAUUGAUUGAAUAAAUGUUGGUAUAUCCUGGCAUUUUAUUCUUUCUAACCUCUGAUGCUCAUGAACAGAAAAUAAAAUAUUUGUUGUUGUAA